AUGGGCGACAACAAGGCCAUUGAGGAUACCUCCUCCGUGGCGGAGGACAGAGCCACGCGAAGAAGAAUAAGGCAACGAGAGAAUCGAAAACAGAAGAGGGAGCUGGCGCGGAUGGCGAAAAAUGAGACCUUGUCUAAUUCCAACGUUAUUUUGAAGCCGUCGCAACCCAAAACAAGUCCGUUGACUACAAAAACGAGACAAAACAGCAACUCAAUUCAGGAAUCCGGAGUCACAACAUUAGAAGAGACAAAACAGUUUCUCACAAGAAUAUACGAAAAUGACGCGUUAGCACGGAGUGGUAUCGUCUUGCAAGGUCUCAAAUGCAUUUUUCACGACCUGGGCUACUCUUCAACUUGGGGCGACGUUAGAUUCGCAUGGAGUCGGCUCUCAUCCUUCCGAUUUGACAGUAUUGAUGAGAUGGAGAGUCUCGUCAAGCUUCGAGAAGAAGAGGCCGACUUGUAUCAGAUGCACGCAUCACGAGUUCCAGAGCUACUUGACUCUAUCAAAGAUGGCCAUGAAGAUAGAGACGCGAUAGAAUACGGCGCUGUAGUGUUAUUAGCAAUUCUCCCUCUCAUCGAAACCCAACGGGUUUACUUGGGGGUGCAGCUUGGCAUUGCUCAAAGAAGAAACGAAGAGUACCAAGAACUUCGCGAAUUGGAAUUCCGACAUAUGGUAAAUUGGGCUAUGAUUGCCCCUGAAGGAUAUUAUAUGGACUGUUAUGACAAACGAUGGGAUCUCGCAGAGCGUCUUGGGGUGAGCGAAAGCAGGCUAGAAGGCGUCUUUUUGGAGCGUAGAGUGGCUGAUGCACGACACAGGCUGCAAGAGGCGCUGGGGAAUCGUCGUGACGAGGAUUGGGUAGGUAACAAGCAUCUAAUUUGA